CGUACGUUACGGUAUUUCUGACCCGCCACUGGUCUAAUUUAGCUUCUCCUGGAGCUGGUAUUUUCUUUCCCUUCGUGUCUGCAGAAGAAAACAUGUCUGCCUUGAUAAGGAAGAUCGUCAACACUACUACAGCUCCGGCUGCCAUCGGCCCAUACAGCCAGGCGGUGGUUGUGGACAGAACCAUGUACAUCUCAGGGCAGCUGGGAAUGGACGUGGCCUCUGGUCAGCUGGUUGAUGGAGGAGUCCAGGCUCAGGCCAGACAGGCUCUGGUCAACAUGGGAGAGAUACUCAAAGCUGCCGGUUGUAACUACAGCAACGUGGUGAAGACGACUGUGCUGCUGGCUGACAUCAAUGACUUCAACAGCGUCAAUGAGGUUUACAAGACUUUCUUUAGCAGCAACUUCCCAGCCAGAGCUGCCUACCAAGUGGCUGCCCUCCCUAGAGGUGGACUGGUGGAAAUCGAGGCAGUGGCUGUUGUGGGUCCUCUCUCCGACUCCUGACUAACCGACCACAUCGCCAACAAGUUAUGAUACAAUCCAUGUACCGUGUCUACUAAUUAUUUACCAAUAAUUUUUACACCAGUUUUUUGUGACACAAACCUUAUAAUAAUGUUGCUUUCUAACCCAUAGAAAGUAAUGUUUAUAGUUAAAGCAAAUCGGGUUCAGUUUCAAUCACUGCAUUUCUAUAACAUUCCAUUGUUUAGGUGGAAAAUUUACAGUUAGAAAUUUGACUUCUCAGUUGACUCACAACAUGAAAAAAUAAAUCAAACUUCAAACCAC